ACUCCCUUCCAUUCACGGCCUCCCUUAGUACGAUCACCUGCCUCCGACUCUACAGAGUUACUUUGACACACCACCACCACCACCACCACCUCCACGACCCUUUCCUGCUGGACAACAUGAAGGUGCUGAUCUGCUCUUCCCUGGUGCUGUCGGUGCUGCUGGUGCUGGUUACGGGGCAGGAACCAGAGCUAGAUAGGGAAGCCUUCUGGAGGAGUUUCUUCGUUAACCAAACCGCAGAGGUGUGUGAGGGCAGGGCUGAGCUGUGUCAAGCCAAUAGCGCCCGAUGCCUUAAACUGGCUGAGAGUGACAAGUACAAGGUGAAGAAUGAAGAAACGGCAGCGGAGGCCAAGAUGUUGUUCACCGAGUGUGCUAAACAGCUCUCCAUCAAGGCUGACUUCUCCGACGUGACGCUCCGGACCUUCGAAGAACUGUUCCCUCUGCCUGGCUACGGCUUCGACCUGCUGGGUAUGCUCCUUCACUACGGCGUGCCCCAAGACAAGAUCUCGCCCAUGACUGCGUGUUCGGGGAGCUACAUGCUCAACGAUCUGAAGGAAUGCCUGGUUUCAAAGGACGUCAACCAAGCCUGAGGAGCCUCCAGGACACAUCUGUCGCCCUUAGAAGGACCUCCGAAGGAUCUAGGAAAGGAUACCCGACUGACCGAAGGAUUUUGACUCGGAGCUAAUUUCUUGUAUUCUCGUUCACUUAUUAUAUUUUUUUUUAGCAUUUAUUUGUUGUUGCUGCAAAGUUAUUCUAGAUUAAUUUGACUCUUGAUUAAUUAAAAGUAUCUCACUUGUUUGUUUGUUUGUUUUCAGUAAUGAAUUUGAAAAUAAAUGUAAAAUGUC